AUGAGCCUCACAACUUCGGUGCUGGUACGCUACUGUAUUCUCGUUGCUGUUUCUUGCAUGUACUUGGGUGUCUACUGGAUAUACGACCUCCCUUCGGCCCUCUCUACCCAGCUACAGUUUUACCUCACUCUGUCGAGUCCUCAAUACACGUAUCUUCUCUCCUCCCUUUAUAUAGCCUUUGCUGUACCAAGCAUCGGGUUACCUUUCUUCUCUGGGUGGGCCAUCCAGAGAUAUGGUGCUCGACCACUGUUGUACUGCUGCUUAGCAGCAGUAUUUGGUAGCCAGCUGGGAUUCUGUGUCGGUGUACAGACCAAAUCAACGGCAGGUUUGGUUGUUGCACGCGCGUUUUUGGGAAUGGGAGGUGAGGUACUAGGUGUACUGGGGACCGAAAUUGUUACAAGAUGGUUUCCCGGAGACAAGACAGGCCUUGCAAUGGCUAUCUAUGAAAGCAUUUCUUCUCUCGGUAGCGUCGCAAACUCGAACUUGACGCCGCGAUUGACUGAAACCUACGGUACCUUGACAGCAACCUGGUUUUCGAGCACGUUGGCUCUUGGACUUGUCGCUCUCAGUGCUCUAUAUGUGGUGGCCGUUGAUGUCAACGAAGAUUCCGCAGAGAAAGAAGGGAAAAAAAAAAUUCGUCCAGUCUAUCCGUCGACUUCCACGAAGUUAUUGCGAUUCAUCGCGUCCAGAUUUUAUGCCGACAAUCAAACCGCUGCGGGUCUAGCUGUUAGCAUUGUACAUUUCGUGGGAGGAGUUAUGCCUAUGUUUCUUGGAAUGUUGCUCGAGAUUCCAGUACUGAGGAACUAUUCACUUGCUCUUCUCUACUCCCAGAUAUUGAUGCUCGUUGCGCAUACUCUCUUCUUGGCGGACUACGGUGAGCCAAUACUUCCCUUGUCCCUAAUUGCCAUUGGAAAUGCACUAUUCUCAGCUGGUAUAUGGGCAAGUGUAUCUGUUAGUAUUAUGCAAGAUGAAGAUUCAGCGGAAAUGCCGUUGGAAUUAGAGUCGACGGAAAAUGCCCCAGAAGUAGAGCUGGAGGAAGAAAGAAAUUUCGAUUCAGAUCGCCUACUAAGUAUUCCUCCUGCAGUGGAAGACAAGGUACAUGGAGACGAUCUGAUAAUGAUUGGUUACGGAAUUAUCACAAGCCUCAUGGGUAUCAGCAUCGUGGUAACGCCUUUCUUUCUCACUGCUGCAGAGCGUUGGGCAGGAUAUAAUGGUUUGGAAAUAGUGUUUGUAACUUUGGCUAGUAUUGGCGUCCUCACAUGUUUAGGAGGUUCUCGGCUAAACUUAUUCAUUCGCGCUCGCUUCUUUUCGUCUCUUAAUAAUCCUGUUAUCUUCGGACGAAAUUCAUAUUGCAACGCAACGCAACUUCAAACCACCGUUCGCCCCCAUCACGUUAUCGCCGUUCCUUCUUACCCCGUACUACGCUAUCCGGCAUAUUCCCACCCCCUCCAAGAGAACCGAGAAGUACAGACGUACCCUAAACACUCGUUCGGCAUUUGGGCAUCUUCAGUAAAGGGAGGCGUCUCCGAAUGGCAUCAGCGACAUCGCCCGGUCUUCUCAUCUGAACAACUACGUAACCUCUCAAAGAGGAUAAAGAGGGCACAUUCAACUGGGGCAAUUGGAGUACUUCGCGCUUGUGUUACGCCAUAUCAACACAUGCAGGCAGCUAGGACAAAGACAGAGGCCCUGUCCCAGAAGGCAAAGCUUGUCAAUUCCUACAAUGAGUUGCUUCAGGAAUUUUCUUCCCCCGACCUCCGAGUUGUUGGCAACUACACUCUUGGAAGACUGAUUGGCAAAGGCUCCUUCGGCAAGGUUUACCUCGCAACACACAAACUUACCAAUAAUUCCAAGGUCGUUCUUAAAUCGUCGAACAAGCAGGAUUCCACUCUUGCGCGUGAGAUACACCACCAUCGCCAAUUUCUGCAUCCUCAUAUUGCUCGGCUUUAUGAGGUCAUUGUCACGGAGAAUUUAGUUUGGCUAGUUUUGGAAUAUUGUCCAGGGGAUGAGCUAUACAACCAUCUCUUGAACAAUGGCCCUCUGCCGGUGGACAAGGUCCGACGAAUUUUCGCGCAGCUAGUCGGAGCUGUCGCUUAUGUCCAUAGCAAGUCGUGCGUGCAUCGGGAUUUGAAGCUCGAAAACAUUUUACUUGAUAAACAUGGAAACGUCAAACUGUGCGAUUUUGGCUUUACGCGCGAAUACGAAGGGAAGGCAAGUUAUUUGCAAACAUUUUGCGGCACAAUAUGUUACAGCGCACCAGAAAUGCUCAAAGGCGAAAAAUACGCAGGGGAAAAGGUUGAUGUAUGGAGUCUAGGCAUCAUCUUGUAUGCUCUCCUAGCUGGGGAGUUGCCAUACGAUGAAGAUGACGACCAGGAAACUAAAGCGAAGAUCCUUAAAGAAGACCCUCUCUUCAAUGACAAGUUCCCGGAAGAUUCACAGUCGCUGAUCAAGAUACUGCUUUCCAAGCGGCCUCUUUUGCGUCCAACGCUGACUGACAUCUUAUCGCAUCCCUUUUUGGCGGAGCACGGAGUGGAGCAACAGAUUAUUUUGCAAACAACGCGCCCGUCUCCCUUUACCACCGCUCUAGAGAAGACGACUUUGUUGCGUAUGAAGAGUGCAGGAGUGAAUAUCGACCAGGUCAUAGAACAUGUGCUCUCGCAGCGGUGCGAUGCUCUAGCCGGCUGGUGGGCCCUGCUGAUCGAAAAAGAGGAGCGUAAGGAAAAGAAACGCGAGCGCAAAAGGAAAGAAAAGGAAGCCGAAGCUCGCAGCUUGCGUCGCCUAAGCGCAGCUAGCAGUCGUUUGGAAAAGAUAUCUGCUCUAGUUGAAGUGGACGAAGAGGAUGGUGACACUCUGCAGGCUCGGGGAAGGCGGGAUCGUCGUAGUCUACCAACCCGUCUAACAUUUCAUUUUUCUCAAGCCGACCUUUCGAUUCCAGAAGUUCCCAAACUUCCAGAAGGUUUCGCCAAUCUCCCACCUUUAGAUGUUGGAUUGCCUCCGCAACCAAUAGACAAGGAUUCAGUUCGCUCUCUAAGCUCCACUAGACGACGCCCCAUACCGCCGCCAAAAGAGCACCGUCACUCCAGACCCAGCAUGCUUCAUGUUAGUGCGUCUCAGCCAGAGUUGGCAUCCCAUUCCAGCGGUAUAUUCAAGCGUCGCACAGGCCGACGCCAUCAGCAUUCCUUGAUGAGCCAACUAGCAUCACUCAAACAUUGGAUAGUUGAGUCUGCCAAACGUGCUAAAUCGCCUCAUCCCAGAACACCAAAGAGUACGGGAGGACAAUCCUCCAAGCGAUCUGAAAAAUCUAGUCCUGGAAAAGGCUCAGAUAUUCAGCGAAAACAGGUGGCACGACUGUCAGCAAACGUCGAAACUCCGGUCAUGACGCCAACACAGAUUAAGCGAUCUUCAAACGCCAGCAGCCUCGCUCCUAAUAGUGCAUCAUAUGCUCACCAUCGAAACUCAUAUGGUCGCCAGGCCCGUGCUUCAAGUAAUCGCAAUUCACUAUCUCCAGCUCCUCUCACCCCUCGGGGAUCCUAUCGACGUUCUUCUGCUGGUUUGCGCGGGCGUAAAUCAACGUCUUCUUCCAUCUCCUCUGUACGAAGUAUUCAUCAUGUUCACUCUCAUUCAAAGGCUUCUUCCAUUUCAUCAAAUAGCGUUGACACUAUGUCAACUCCAACGGCAUCUACGAGAAUGAGCCGGUCUCCGCAUACGUCUGUCAAAGUACUCCCGGCUACACCUACUACUGGGUCUCGCUUCCCUAGUAACAUUCGGCUAGUGCGUAACCCGCCCAAUGCUCUACGGGACGCAAAUGACCCUGAGAAUCAUGGCAUAUACUCAGUGUUCAACGAAACAUUGCCCGCACAGUCACAAGGGUUUAUUUUUGCUCGACGAAAACGAACACCUUUCAGGGGGCCAAUGCUCAAUACUAAUAACGUGAUUUUUUCGAACGGGCCCGGGACGCCAAACUUAUCACCGCCACUUCAAAAGGGGGGAGCAUCAAGUGAAAUUGUCAAACCAAUUACCCGCAAAAGCCAGAUUAUCGAAGAAGAAGAUGCUGUAGUAGAAGAAGAUGAAGAAGACAUUGAGGAAGUUGACACGUUUAGUGAUCCUGGCAUCACUGACACCAGUCUUGAUGUCGUUGCGGAGCCUCCAGCUGAGUCGGAAGAGGCCACUCAAUCAGAAACAAUCAUAUCGUCAAAUAAAGGAGAUGAAGAGAGGGAAGAUUCGGCGGAGAUUCAUGGUAGACCUACUCUUGAACCGGCAGUUGAUCUUCCAUUGCCUAGUGAUGAUCUGCUCCUACCGCGGUCAUCGUCACUUCACGAUCCAGAAGCUCAGCAGCAGUCUUUGCCAGACCUCGCUGAAGACCUUGAACCAGACGCGGUUGCAGAACAAGAAACUCCCAUUUUCGAGUCUGAACGCCAGACCGAGGCCGAUCCUAAACCCGCGACUGGGAAUGAAUCCGUCGUCGAAGACACAAAUCAAACAACCGAGGACGUGGAUUCCUCGUCACAGCAGCCCACUGCAAGCGAGUUAGAGACUGACAUGACCAAAGAAGACACCGCCGCUACUGCUACUACUACCACUCCCCCUUUAACUUGA